AUGUCAUUCAUCGCUAGAAGACAAUUAUCUACAUUAAUCCCACCAAAGAUUGCUUCUGCUAAGGUACGUAAAAUUAUUUGA